UUGUGGUACCCGGGGGCAUUUGGUUCCAGGAAUCGAGCCCCAGUCCCUGCACUUGCCUAAGCAGGCACUUAGUCCACUGAGCUAUGUUGCUGGCCUUACAACUGAUAUUUUCAUGUGAAGUGGUAGCUUAUUGGAGUGGGGUGCAGGAUGUAGGUUCCUACUCAUUGACUCUCAAUAUCAGUCUCUGGGGAAACUUCAGGGAACUUUAUGACCCUUGAAAUGCAGUUUAAAAUCAUGUGGUUUUAAGUGUUUAAGAUUCUUAAUCUCUCCUACGGUGGGCUUCACAAAAGUUAUAGAUACACAUAUGCUUGCCUAAAAGACUCAGAAUUUAAGCUAAGGGUAAAAGAGUCUAGCCACAUACGUCCUUUCCUGGUCUUAGUCCUAGAGGAAUUUCUAAGUAAGGUAGCAUUCCUGAGAGUUGAGGUAGGCUAUGAGGAUAUCAGGCUCUCAGAGGGGUGGAGUCAGCAAGCCAGGUCAAGGGCUCAUUGGCUGGGUUUACAAGUACCUUGACUGUAUCGCCCACAGGUGAUGGAGGACGAGAAGGCAGUGGAGAUUGUGGUGAGCAACAUGGCAGCUGCUCAUUCUCCAUCCCCCAUCCGCUGCUGCUGGCUCCGCCUCCGCUGCUUGGCAGCUACUAGCAUUAUCUGUGGCUGCUCUUGCCUGGGAGUCAUGGCUCUUGUGUUUGCCAUCAAGGCAGAAGAACGACAUAAGGCAGGCUGAUUCGAGGAGGCAGUGGACUGGGGGGCCCGGUCCCGGAGGUUCAUCUUGGCCAGCUUUGCUGUCUGGCUCACUGUCCUCAUUCUGUCCCCUGUGCUGCUGUGGCUGCUUUCCUACACCAUCUCUCUCAGGCUGAGUGACCUGGGUGGCCGGUGCUGAGAGUCAGCUGAGACAUGCUGGAUCCAACAGUGCAACAUUGCUAAGUUCUGGUGACAGCAGGAGUCCUUGUUGGCUGGAAGGAUGGGGCUUCUCUUAAAGGCUUUUGGAAGAGCUCUUCCAGCCUUUUAUUAUAAGAGCUGAGACUGGGGAGGGGGUGAUCAACCGGUUCUGUUUCAUUGCCCUCUAUCUUCCUUCUGUUUUGCUCCACUCCAUCCUAGAGGCCUCUAUUCAGAAGCAGGCUUGAAGACCAGGCCUAAUUUUAUUAGAAUUUGUUUUGUAAUAAAAAACCUCUUUUGGU